AUAUAUGAAUGCAUUGCGGUAAUGUUUACAUAUUCCUAAACGUAAGACUGAAACGUUUUCAAACAAGCAGAAAUAACUCGAUGUAUAACAACUAACUGCUGUAAAGAUGUUUGUUAAAGAGGAGAGUGUGAACAGGACUGAUGCAGAGCCAUUCACAGUGAAAAAUGAAGAACAAAGAGGCCUGGUGGAAGUGAAACAGGAAGCACUGAAUGAUGUUCAGGAGAUUCUUCAGUAUCAGGAAGCGCAUAAUGUCAAAACUGAAGAAAACCCCUUGAGUUACUCACAAACUGAAGAUAAUUUAUUACAAAGCAGCACUCAAAAAACAACCCAAAAACCUUUUGUCUGCCCUCAGUGUGGAAAAAGUUUCAAACGUAAAGGACACUUAAAUGAUCAUAUGAUAAUUCACACUGAAGAGAGACCUUUCACCUGCCCUCAAUGUGGAAAGCAAUUCAGACGAAAAGAACCCCUUGAUAAUCACAUGAGAGUUCACACUGGAGAGAGACCUUUCACCUGCCCUCAGUGUGGAAAGAGUUUUAGAUAUAAGAGCAAUUUUAAAAGUCACAUGAGAAUUCACACUAAUGAAAGGCAUUUUACUUGCCAUGGGUGUGGAAAGAGUUUCUCAAAUAAGAGCAAUGUUAAAGAGCACAUGAGAAUUCACUUUGGUGAGAAACUUUUCACCUGCCCGCAGUGCGGAAAGAGUUUCACAAAAAGGAGCCAUGUCAAAAAGCACAUGAGAAUUCACACCCAAGAAAGGCCUUUUACAUGCCAUCAGUGUGAGAAGAGUUUCACACUGUCAAGCAAUCUUCACAAACAUCUGCGUCACAUUCACUCUGGAAUAAGGGAAUUUACCUGUGAGCAGUGUGGUAAAACAUUUACUUCACAGUUCCAUCUGAGGAGACAUCAGAAAAUUCAUACAAAUGAGAAGUCUUAUGUCUGUUCUGAUUGUGGAAAGAUUUUUGCACGGCUUGAUUCUAUGCAAAGCCACCAAAAAUUACAUGUGACUGUGAAAACUCAUGUGUGCUCCGAGUGUGGAAAGGCUUUUACUACUGCUCGUGCCUUGAAAGAACACCAAAGAAUCCACAGUAAAGAAAAGCCAUACAUGUGCUCACGGUGUGGAAAGAGUUUCACCCGCAGAGGAACCCUUAAAAUACAUGAAAGACUUCAUACUGGAGAAAAGCCCUACAUCUGUCCUGCAUGUGGAUUGAGUUUUACCUCAGGAACACUUCUGUCGUAUCAUAGAAAAAGACAUUGUCAUCAAAGUGGGCAUAAUUCAUGUUCAGAUGGAAAUCAAAUAUUGUUUGAUAACCUCAAAGAUGUAUUUUAUGCCAAAAGAGCUUUUAAAUAUAAAGGGGUACUUUGCUAAAAUAAAUAUAGUGCUGAAUGAGUUGUCUUCAUACAGUAGUCGAAAGUUUAUAACUUACAUUAUGAAAUUAAACGAAGUGCAAAGAAACAUUGUUUUAUGUAUUCAUUGAAUAACUGUGUACAAGUUGUGUUGUCUGUGCUUGUUUUGCGUUUAGUUUGAAAUCUUAGGUGUUUUAAUUCUGUUAUGGUUAAUAAGGUUUAAAAAAAUAUAAAUAUAUUUACAUUUAAAUGUACAAUUCCUCUCAUAAUCUUGACUUUGUAUUCAUGUAAUACACGUUAAAGGAGUAGUUCACCCAAAAAUAAAAAUUAUUUUAUCAUUUACUCACCCUCAUGCCAUCCCAGAUGUGUAGGACUUGUUUUUCAGCUGAAAACAAACAAGAGAUUUUUAAAAGAAAAUGUCAGCUCUGUAGGUCCAUAAAAUGCAAGUUAAUGAUUUGAAGCUCCAAAAAGCACAUAUAACCAUCAUAUAAGUAACCCAUGUGACUCUAGG